CGUCGACAGUGGUUACCCCGCACUCGUAAACGCAUUACCCCUGUGACAGUUGAUUGUCCCCACAUCCUCAGAAUGAACCGGCUGCUGCUCUCGUCUCUCUCGUCUCUUCCACGACAGGCCGUCCGGCAGAAAGGCCUCCGUGCUCGCGCGGCGAUCAGCCAACGUCGCAGCGCUUCAUUCUACAAUGCAGAUGUGGCAGGACUGACGGAGGAACAGGCCGAGUUUAGAGAUGCUGUCACGCAGUUUGCGCAGAGGGAGGUUGCUCCCCGCGCGGCUGAAAUAGACAGGACUAACACCUUCCCCGCUGAUCUAUGGGAGAAGCUGGGAUCCAUGGGGCUUCUCGGCAUCACCGUAUCGCCCGAUUACGGUGGCCUGUCACUUGGUUACUUUAACCACACACUGGCAAUGGAAGAGCUGUCUCGUGCCUCCGGUUCGGUAGCCUUGUCAUAUGGUGCACACUCCAAUCUUUGCGUCAACCAGAUACACCGAUGGGGCACAGACGCCCAGAAGGCCAAGUACCUACCCGACCUCAUUGCUGGGACGAAGGUCGGAAGUCUCGCCAUGAGCGAGCCCGGAAGCGGCAGCGACGUGGUAGAAGGCGGGUGGAAACUGAACGGCAAUAAAUUCUGGAUUACAAACGGCCCGACCGCGUCGACACUGGUCGUAUACGCAAAGUCAGCACCGGAGAAGGGCUCGCGGGGCAUCACUGCCUUCAUUAUUGAGCGCGGGUUCACCGGAUUCUCCACACACCAAAAGCUGGACAAGAUAGGCAUGCGUGGAAGUGACACUUGCGAGCUCGUCUUCGAAGAUUGCUAUGUUCCAGACGAAAAUGUUUUGGGGUCCUUGAACAGAGGCGUUGAGGUGCUCAUGUCCGGACUCGAUCUUGAGCGCCUCGUCCUAUGUGGCGGGCCUCUGGGGCUGAUGCAGGCCGCAUUUGACUAUGCCGUCGAAUACGUGCAUGACCGCAAACAGUUCGGGCAACCCGUCGGAACGUUCCAGCUGAUGCAGGGUAAGAUAGCGGACAUGUAUACGAAGUUAAACGCUUCGCGGUCGUACGUUUACGCGGUCGCGAAGGCCUGUGACCAAGGGAAGGUCAGCAGACGGGACUGUGCUGGAGCUAUCCUGUACUCCUCGGACCGUGCGGUCGAGGUGACCAUGGAGGCGAUGCAGAUGCUUGGGGGUAACGGCUACAUCAACGAGUACCCUACCGGGCGUUUCCUCCUGGAUGCCCGUCUGUACACUGUAGGAGCGGGCACGCAGGAGAUCAGAAGGAUGCUCAUCGGACGCGAGUUCAACGACGAGUUCAAGCGCCGUUCGGCAUAGGCCAUCGGCGUCACAUCUACCCCGCAUUUUUCGAACCAUCAUCUGCAUACUCAUCUAUCGGGAAGGAAGGACGAAGUGACAGAGCUGGACAGAAUCAAACGGCCGCUGAGUGCUCUCAUCAUCAUGUACUAUUAUCUUGAACAUUGCUGUAGCCUAUGUAUCAUACCACGGAACAUCAUCCAGACUACGCCACAGAUAAGAACUGCUAGUGCGUCUUGCCAACAAGAA